AUGAACUCAAACAUCUCAAACCCUUUUCGACCCAAAAAUAAACAAAUCCAUGUAUUGCAUAGGCGAAAACCAAGACUUAUUUAUGGAAACAGACCUCUGAUGUAUGAUAAAUCAACACAAACAAAUAAACAAAUUUCACUUAAAAAUAUCUCGUUUACAAGUUUGCAGGAUGCAAGGGACAAAAUAAAAGCUACAAAACUUAACGCAAAAAAUCAAUUUUUAUGCCACACUGAUGCGCCUUCUUCUAAUAAAAACGCUAAUAGGGGAAGAUCUCUAUCUGAGCAAUAUGACCGUGUUGAUAAUUUUAAUGAAAAUAUUGAUGAAAAUGUUGAGAAGGAUAAAGAAAAUCAAUUAGAGGUAGAAAAAUCAGUGAAAUUUGAAGAGACGCCUAAUGUAGCAAAGAAAAUAAAUUCACAUGAAAAAAGGGUUACUAUUUGUACAUCAGUCACUGAAAUUCAUGAUGAUGCUGAGUAUGAGUAUGAAAGUUCUAUAUUGAAAACUGGGAGCUCAAGAACUAAUAGGACUAAAGAUGCAUCGUUGACGCCUUUUAAUUUUACUCAUUUGACUUCUCAAGAUACUUAGAUUAAUUAAUUUAACUCACCUCGAGUUGGACCUCAGGUAUGCAGGACAAGGCGACCAUUUUUCCUCGGCUUUGUCGCUCCCUCCGAUUGUGCGUAAGGCCUGUCGACAAAGUUGGCUAUUUCUACCAUCCGUAAAGCUAUUAAAAGCCCAGAGGUGCGGGAUCACCUGCUGCUUGGCGCUUUGCCUCACUCUAUCCGGAUUUCCUCUAGCAUCUGCUCGACCUAAGGGUUCUGCCUUUAUUGGCAGUGAAAGAGGUCAAACAUGAUGCCUGUAGGAUGCGAAGUAGAAAACCUUCGCCAUUUCUUCCCUAUCAGACAGAAGUACACGUGUAAAAACUAACCCAUAAUAAAUUUUGGGUAGAUAGAAGAAAAUUUUCUUCUUAUCAGAGGCCAUUUUAUUAUAAUUGUGACUUCUCAAGAUACAGAUCAUAAAUCUUCUGAUAUCAAUACGGAGAAUAGUCUUGCAAAAAUUGAGUUUGUGACACCUCAGUCUAAUUCCGUAGUUCUCUCAGAAACUUCUUCUAUACUUAGCAGUGAAACCCCAAGACAAUUAGAUGAAGAGUCUAGUCUUAAAAGAAAAUGCAGUGAUUUCCCAUCAACCACAGAAAGAAAAUAGCGGCAUCACCAACCCGUUACCUCCGGGAUUUGCUUCAAGUUUUGGGACUCUAUGGAAGCCUGAAGCCAAACAAAGCAAGAACGGAGUCUACGGGUACUGAGGAAGAGCCCUAAUAUAUAAUCAAUGCUAAUAUAAAGUAAUACUUCCCAUCAACCGAUCCAAAAGAUAUGAAAAGGAGAAAAUUGAAUGCAAAACACUAA